AAUUCCGUCGAGCUCGACAUCCGUGGUCGUGUCGAAGUCCGGAAUCGCGAGCUGGCGCAGGUCUUGUUCGCCAUCUCGCUCCGUUGCUCGAUGAGUUUCGUGGCGUGCUCGAUUAGGCUUCUCCCGAGAUGAAGUUCGGUUGUUUGUGUUGAUGUCGCCACCACUCCUUUGUCAUGCUGGGCUGCACACCAUCGAAGAUCCCCUGAACAUGCGGUGACGACGCUGCGGAGAAGCGGAUUGCGGAGUGCGGAGAACCUCGGAGCUCCUCGGGGAGGAAAAUCUUGCGAGCUGAGCUUCUCGGUGUGCCGAGGUUGAAUCGUUUGGUAUGCUGUAUGGCCGUUGCCUGUGAUGCUCGGGCGCAUACACGGAAGCAGGCACGACGUUGUACCCGGUGUUUAUCGAAGAGAACGCAGGUAAGGAGUUCAAAUUUCGCCCAUCGUGAGUGGUCGGUGCAGCUGCGGGGAUGUAGGAUUGUCAAGACGUGACUCUGGCAUCCUGGACCACACAGAGGGUACCAGAGUCAUCCGAGUGCCUUUUCGUCAACAGACUAGCGUGGACACUGAGUUAUCGGGAGCAGAAUUCGUUCCAAAUUUAUUUUUCGUUCACGGGGCAUCGUCAUUUCGACGCUUACUUCACACUUCUAAGCAUGACUCUGCCGAGUGAAAAUCCGAGUCCGAAACCCGACUGCUCAAAGUGUCCAUCUCUCGUAUCCUCUUUCGUUGAUACAUUCGUGGAUUUUGUCGUGGGACGUCAAAUCCUGGGUCCUAACCCGAGUGCGAGCGCACCUGCGGCCUCGGAGAAGACUGGAACAACGUCACCAAUCGUAACGAGGGUUCCAGCUGCAGAGCGUCUCAUUGCGGUCGGAGACAUUCAUGGAGAUCUACAGAAGGCGAAGGAAGCUCUGCAGAUUGCCAAGGUCAUGGACGAGAAUGAGAAGUGGAUUGGCGGAAAGACUGUGGUCGUUCAGGUCGGUGACGUGCUUGACAGAGGGUCAGAUGAGAUUAAAGUUUUCUAUCUACUCGAAAAGCUGAAAGGAGAGGCUCGUAAGCAGGGUGGUGAUGUCCACAUCAUGAACGGAAACCAUGAAAUUAUGAACGUCGAAGGCGACUUUCGAUUUGUAGAUCGUGGAGGAUUCGCAGAGUUUGGCGAAUGGGCAAAGUGGUUCAAGUUGGGUAACGCCAUAAAGGAGCAGUGUAGUGGUCUGGAGAAGCCCCGCGAUUUUUUUGCAGACAUUCCAGCUCAUUAUCCUGAAAAUCAAAAGGCGAGGAUGGCAGCCCUCAGACCCGGAGGACCAAUUUCGUCCAGGUUUCUCGCAGCUCAUCCUACUGUACUUGUUGUUGGCCAGAGUGUUUUUGUUCAUGGUGGACUCCUCCCAAGUCAUAGUAAUCACGGCCUUGAGAAGAUAAACGAGGAAGUUAGGCAAUGGAUACUUGGAGAAAAGCAGUGGUAUGGACCAGAUUUUUUACAUGGACGUGACGCCCUAGUGUGGCUCCGCAAGUUUUCAAACGAGCGGGAGAACCAGUGUGAUUGUGCGCUCUUGGAAGAGUCUUUGAACGCACUCCCAGGUUCCAAACGCAUGGUUGUGGGUCACACUAUUCAGGAAUCCGUGGGGAUAAAUGCAGUGUGUGGCAAUAAAGUCGUGAGAGUUGAUGUUGGCAUGUCGAAAGGUUGUGGAGAUUAUGCCCCCGAGGUGUUGGAGAUUAGAGACGAUAAAGAGUUGACAGUACUUUCGAGGAGUGGCGCACUUAAAUUGAUGGAUGAUGAGCAGUUGGCGGCAGCUUUGCGCAAGUACAGAGGCAGAUCCGGCCUUGCUUCAUUGCUUCUAGCGCCUGAACCAAAAGUGAAGACCAAACUGCCAGCGAAGAUGCAAACUGCAUAGGCUGGGAGUUAGCAGCAAGAGAUCUUAACACGGUGCACGCUGAAACUGUAAGACGCAUCGCAUACACAAUUUGUGGAUACUUCUGGCAGGAACAUGGAGCCGAACUCUCAACUGAAGCCUUCAUUAUAUGGCGGCAAGUUGUGUUACAUGUUAGUUGGAGCAGUUAUUUUUUAGUCUUUGAUUUUUCAUCAAUGAUAGAUUUUCAUUUGUACGAAUGUUUCGAAGUUUACUAGUAUUUUGAGCAGUUACACAAAGGAGCUGGUCCGUAAAGAACAUCCUAACGAUGAGCAGUUUGGGGCCAAUGUCAAGAGGAGGAACUUAGGUAUUUUUUCUUCCUAAGUUUCAUACCUCCGAAAGUGUUCCAGGAUAGUCUGAUUAGUAUAGAUUUAGAGUCAUUUUUGUUUCGUAAUUUUACGAAUGGAUGAGCAGAGGCAGACCAUUAUUUUGUUAGGCCCUUCUGGGUUCACCUGUAGACUUACCAUGAACUGAGGCCGUCUACCUUAGUUAUGUUUAUCAUUGCAAUCUUCAGCUUUUCUGUAUCGAAAUGCUGGGUAAUCAGUAGCCCGUUGGCUUAGAAUUAACUUACGUUAUGGAGACCUGGUUGACCUGAAGUUUUCUUAGAAUGUUUACUGAUGUGAAAAUCUGUUGCAUCGAUUCACGAGAACAGAUACAUGUUAGUAACAAUUUGUAGGGCCCACAUGGACAUAAAAAAACUACGGGAACGAUUUGUGGCAAUCGGAGUCUCGGCUGCACCUGGCAAGUACCUCGUGCAUGGAUGUGCAGGGAUGAAAGUAACUAACAGCUGAGCAAAUGCUCAGCUGUUAUUUACUUUCUCGUCUUCUUAACAUAUUACUCUUUAUGUAACGUAUUCGUUACAAAUUAAUGGAAUGGUAUCAUCGCACUCUAUUGCUGGCAAGU